AUGGCCACGGAAGCACCUCUGAACAUAGCACUAUCUGAAUGCAGCCCUGCUCUGGACCCAGAAGCAGCUUUCAUCUGGCAGCCAAGCCCUGUCACCAUGCACGUCACGAGGCCCAAGUCUGCCAAGGGACGCACUCGAACCAAUCUGAACUACUCCCACAGCUCAGAGUCCUCCUCUUACCGCAAGCCGCCUUCCCCUGCUCCGACAGCUCCCGGGGAUGGGCCGGGCAGCCAGAAACCCGUGAGCUCGGCACCCAAAGCUCCUAACCAGGGAGCUCCCGAUGAGAUCCCAGAGCUGCUCCCGCAGGUGCCCGUAGGGUCCGCCUCCUCUCUCAACAAGUACCGGGUACUCCCUUCCAUUAACAGAAAGAACUUGGAGGAUGGGGCCGUGGAUACGGUGGCCAAACAGGCCAGCACUCUCAAACUGAGCAGCUUGCAGGAGCUCAAGGCCCUUUGCCGGGAGGAGGCCUGCAGCGCCAAGUCGAGGGAGGGGUGUUUGCGAGUCCCUGCCCCUCCCCUGGAGGGCAAGCCCUGCAGCAGAACCAAGGAGCGCAGCGUGUCCCUGGUCGGGAACCUUGAGGAGCCAUCAGAUGGAGAGCCCAGGCUGCUGCUGGCCGUCCGCUCUCCUUCCGGCCAGAGGUUUGUCCGUCAUUUCAGGCCAACCGACAAUCUCCAGACAGUCGUUGCAGUGGCUGAACAAAAGAACUUGACAACCUAUCACCACUGUAGCAUCGAAACUAUGGAAGUUCCUAGGAGGAGUUUCUCUGACCUCAGUAAGUCCCUGGAAGAAUGCAGGAUCCCUCAUAAGUCUGUGCUGGGCAUCUUACAGGAAGAACGAGAGGGCCAGCCCUGA